AAUGCAAUGUUGAUGCAGAGACUGAAUAGACACAAAUCCAGGAGAAGAAACGGGGUCAUUGGCGGAAAAAGGAGGCCACUGUUAGUCACAUCGUCGACUCUCGCCCCCCGGUGACUCCCAUGUCUCUCGUCGGGGUGGGUGUAACCCAAAAUAUCCGUCAUCCUACAAUGGGCUGUGGGAGAUCGGCUCGACUCGGAGAAUCCUCUUGCAGCUGUUCAGGGAGCCGAAGAUAGGACCAAGACAUCGGACCGAGUCAAUGACGGUGGCCUGCCCGCUUUUGUCCUGCGCUUCUCGGCCCCGGUGUCUGGCAGUCUGCCGCGCACAGUGCGUAAAUGCGGUCGGAGUAGAGAAGACAAGCCCCGGAGGAGCACUUUAAAUGUUGAAAUUCAGUCUCAUCGUGGCAGUGAAUCGAUUUCUUCAUAGUUCCGCUGAGCGGAUGGAGUGAAUUGUGCAAAAGAGGGGAGAGACAGACCGCAGUUCGGUUGCGUGUGAUGAUAGGAGACACAAUGACGCUCUUGUCUCUUCUGGGUCGGAUCAUGCGUUAUUUUCUCCUCAGGCCGGAGACGUUGUUUCUGUUGUGCAUCAGUCUGGCGCUGUGGAGUUAUUUCUUCCACACCGACGAGGUGAAAACCAUCGUCAAGUCCAGCCGGGACGCCGUGAAGAUGGUGAAGGGGAAAGUAGCAGAGAUGAUGCAGAAUGACCGGCUGGGAGGCCUCAGUGUCCUGGACGCAGAGUUCUCCAAAACCUGGGAGUUCAAGAACAACAAUGUAGCCGUGUACUCCAUACAGGGGAGGAGAGAUCACAUGGAGGACCGCUUUGAGGUGCUCACCGACCUCACCAACAAGAGCCACCCGUCCAUAUUCGGGAUAUUUGACGGUCACGGUGGAGAGGCUGCAGCUGACUAUGUGAAGGCCCACCUGCCAGACUCCCUGAAGCAGCAGCUGCAGGCCUUUGAGAGAGAGAAGAGAGAGAGCGCUCUCUCUUACAGCAGCAUUCUCGAGCAGCGCAUCCUGACCGUGGAUCGUGAGAUGCUGGAUAAGUUGUCUGCCAACCACGAUGAAGCAGGAACGACAUGUUUAAUAGCGCUGCUGUCAGACAGAGAACUCACAGUGGCGAACGUCGGAGACUCUCGUGGCGUGCUGUGUGACAAAGAUGGGAAUGCUGUUGCACUAUCACAUGACCACAAGCCGUAUCAGCUCAAAGAGCGCAAGAGGAUCAAGAGGGCAGGUGGUUUCAUCAGUUUUAAUGGAUCCUGGAGAGUCCAGGGAAUCCUGGCAAUGUCCCGCUCUCUGGGGGACUACCCGCUGAAAAACCUCAACGUAGUCAUCCCCGACCCCGACAUCAUGACGUUUGACAUGGACAAGCUGCAGCCAGAGUUCAUGAUCCUGGCAUCAGAUGGCCUGUGGGACGCUUUCAGCAACGAGGAGGCCGUUCGGUUCGUCCGCGAGCGUCUGGACGAGCCUCACUUUGGCGCCAAGAGCAUCGUCCUCCAGUCUUUCUAUCGCGGCUGUCCCGACAACAUCACCGUCAUGGUGGUGAAGUUCAAAAGUGGAGCCGGGGGGAGCAGCAAGGCGGGGGAGUAGGUCAGGGUAAAGUUUAGAGCUGAACUGUGAUCAAUGUUGAAAUGAUUUUCCACAUCUUGUGGACGGAGCAGGGAGUGUGAUCACAGUGUAGGAAGUUUAAGUUUGGACACUGAGAACUGUACAAGUACACACACACACACACACACACACACACAAACAAGUUUUGUUUGUAGGUUUCUGAUUGAGAUAAGGGCAUUUAAACACAACACAGAUUUCAUAACCAUCAGCCAACUUCAUGAUGAACACAUAAAACUACUAAACACACACAGACACCAGACAGGGGAUUUUUUUCUUAACCAGCACACAUCAGACUGUGAUUGAUUUAACUACUGUUUACUGUACACGCACACGAAUGGUACAGCUCCACUGGAGGCUUCUUCAGAGGAGGCUUCAACUAGUGCCUAUCCAAGAUUAACUGUGCAAACACAGGAAGCUACUGAAAAUGGAUGUGCAAAAACAAAAACACCACCCUGCUUGCUGCAUUUUGAUGAUGCUCUCCAGUAAUGUUCUCGUCUGUUAAAUGUUUGACCCGGAAAAUGUCGUCAAAUAUAAAAAGACUCCAGUGGAUCCAUACCUUGAACUGAUGCCGCACCCAAAAUCUACCCUUUGAGUAUCAAACACUCACCACCUGUAGAGUUGAGAGGUAGAUGUUCAUCAUUUGUAGUUUGUCACAGUAGAAAAAAGUAGCAUAAAUAUUGUUGAACAGCAGGAGCUCUGAUUGGCAGGUUGCAGUGUGUUGGCAGGACUCUGACCAAUCACAGCUCUUACUACUGUUGUGUGGGUUUAGUUUCAUAUCAUUUUUAAAUAAAAGAGAGCUGUCUUUAAAGGAAUACUUCACCCCUAAAUGAUCACUUUAAUCAGGAGAGACAGAAGGUCUUUGGCGCUUAGACACCAGAGGGAGAUUAUUUGUGAUCGUGGGACAUCUGAGCAGCAGCAAGAUGAAUCCACCCCUAGAGUCUAGACACUGGUGGAGGUGGUGGUGGCUGAUGACUUUGGUUGAUGACUGCUGAGGCGAAUAGAGGCUGCAUCCGAGAAGACUAGGCGGUGAUGGGGAGGUGGAGGGUAUGCACAGCAGCAGCAUUAAAGGACUGCGAGCAGAAAAAGAACCAUAUAUAAAAUGAGGAGCAGUGAAAUGAUAGGCUGAUGGAGAAGGUGUGUAGAACAGCUGAUGAUUCGAUUGACAGCCCUGAACACUGACAGCCAGAGAUAGAGCGUGAGCAUGCAUGCAAGGAGUGAGUAGCAGGGAGAGUUACAGCCUAAGCACGAAGAAGUAUCGUCUUCCUGACUGAACUUUCACUAGAGCUUCAUUUGUAUAUCAGUUACACACCCUGUGUUACCUUGAAUUCAUAAAGCAAACUUUGUCUUCCUUGCAUGUCUGCAUGAUAGGCGAAGAAUCCAAAAACGGAGAAAAUUCUUGAUUGCUUGGAGUAAAAAGGGGGCUGCAUUUAACAACAGCAAAACUAUAUCAAAACAUCAGUUUACAAACUCUGACAAAACUCCAGUCUUAUGCUCAGCACUUCCUAAACACAUGAAUUCUCAUUAAAACCUUAUGAUUUAAAAUGCUUUGGCGUAAACAGUCUUCUGCCCGGAUUAUUAAUGCACUUGGGUAUUUGAAAUCCUGUCCCACAGUUCAUUCACUGACCAGGAGUUCUGCCUUCACUCACCUGUGCCCGGUGCUUUACAGCCAGUGGACUAGCUGGGAGGCCGUAUUUCAAGCAGAGUUUAAACACAGACAGUUGCCCAGGUGCACUAUUCAUACAUACAUGAGACUGUUUACGCAGAGGUGUUUUAAAUCGUAAGGUUUUAGCAAAAAUGCAUGUGUUCAGGAAGUACUAAGAAUACGACUGGACAGAUAAAACUUGGAUUAUACGGCACAAAUUGUGUGAAAGUUUGCAAACAGAUAUUUGGAUUCAGUUUUGCUGUAAUUAAAUGCGGCCCGCUUUAACUUGAAUUGAUCAAGGAUUUUCUCCUUUUUUGGAUUCCUCGUUCAUUGUGGAGGCAUGCCAGAAAGCAAAGUUUGCUUCAUGAAUUCAAGUUGCACAUUAAUUAAUAUACAAAUGAUCAUUUUGGGGGUGAAGUAUUCCAUUAAAUUAAAGAGACCGCAAAAUGUAAACUAAAUACUGUGGGAUGGAAUAUGAAAGGUAGACACAUAAGUAAUUGGAUUGGAUUUUUUUGAAAGUAAUGUGAUUCCAUUUUAAAAUGUAUGUACUGAUCAUGUAAAGAUUACAUUAGGAAAAAGAAUUAGUAAUGUAGAUAUUAAUGUAGAUUUAACUAAACGACUUAUAAUAACAUUUUAAGGUUAGUGAUACUCAGACGAUAGGUUUUGGGUGCAGCAUUACAUUAACAUACAACAUACACACAUGUACACACAUACACACAAACAGUUAUGUAAAAAAAAAAAAUGCACUUUGAGAUGUUUAUUUUUUGGAAUGGUAAAUUCUGAAAUAUCAGCCAAUGUAAACACUGUAUAUCCACAGUAGUACAAGAGGGGUCAAUAUACAGUAUGUAGAGCCUGAUUUAGUUCCUGACCUUCACCUCUUGGUACUGCAAUUUCGUGGAGCUAAUGUAAACUGUUAUGUCAAAGUUGUUUUACACCAUCUGUAUUGGGGCAUGUGCUUUGUCUUACCCAUGCUCGUGAACAAAGUACAUACAGUAUGUAUCCAUGGACGCUGGUGGCUGCCUUCGACCUGGGAAGCGCACGAAACAAGAGGUGCAACAGACUCUGCUGCCGUGAGAACCCGGCUAAAAGAUGACACAUGGUGAACUGUACAGAAGGAAUGCUAGUAGCUAGUAAUAUGAUAUGCUCCUGAAGCAAUACAACCGAUGACUUCAACAGCAGCAACCUGUCAAGGAAGGUUACAGUAAACCAUACUUGAUUUACGACUGUGUUAUGUUGAACUACUUUUUACCACUGUGUCACAACCUAAUUUAACAGUUUACCUAAUGCCUUAUUUUGGUGUUAAAUGUUCAUCACAGUGACGGCCUUUGGAAAGAAACUUCUCAUGUCUGGUUAAGCAGCGUCAUGCCUGAGCUCAUCAGAGGCAGGUUAGAGUCAUGCUGUCAUGACAUGAGGGAAGAAGAAUAUCGCAACCAGGAUAAAGCGUAUACAUGCAACAGUAUCCUGGUAUACAGGUGUCUCAUUAGGAGAAACAGGGUAUGGUGUUUACAUGCUCAAACACAUGAACAGGAUACUUCAAAAACCCAAUCAUAAACGGGUUACUCACGUCCAUGUAAAGGCACGCUUAAAGAAAUGUGGCCCAGCCGACCCUUUUACAUGAGUUGCAACGCAAAAAACCUAGGCCAAAAAAGUAGUUUACAUUAGUGUAUUUGAAAUUAAGGGCGAAUGAAUCAAAGCUUCGUUGAGAAAUAUUCACCAUUAAUCAAAGCCUCAAGGAGAGAAUGAGAAGAAACAUCAGUUUUCAGUCGUUGCACCUAAAAUAACGUGACAAUUAGCCACUUUGUUAGCAUGCAGAGAAAAGAAUAUUUAUUCACAUGCGCACAUAGGUAUGAGAAAUAUGAAAAGUCUUUGUUGAUUAGACCCCAUCGUGAUGUCAUCUAUUCAAGGAGGGUGGUAAAGACGUAGUAGAUUAGGGAACCCCCCCCCCUGGAUUCUAGCCGUUGGUGGUGGUAAUGGUGGUGAUGAGAUGAGAUGAGAUGAAGAGCUGAGGAUCUGGAUGUGAAGAGGAAUGGGCUUUUGAUGAGCUCGUCUCGGGCUCUGGAAGAGGUGACGACGUGAAUCGGGUGGAGGAGGGCAUGUCGAGUCCACCUAAAACGACAGCUGACAGGAGCAGAGAGGAGAUGAGAUUUAAAGUUUGGCAGCAGCAACAUAAAUGGCUGAAGGAGAUCAUGUCAAAGUCUGACUGGGAGAGGGAACACCUGCAGUCAGCUGAUUGGUGGAAGUGGUGGGAGUGGGAUAGAAAGAGAAUUCAGGCUUCCUGACUGAACUUGGGCUGAGCUUCAUCAGUUUGAAAAAAAGAAUACUUGGUAGGACUGCAAAUAUGUUACAUACAGUUUUCAGGUGAUUUACCAAACUGGUUGUAGACUUGUGUAUGCAAGUUUCCUUUGGCAUAUCAUGCUCUCAACUUUUUGGGGGUCAUCUUUGUAGAUUCUGAAACUACUCCAGACGCUUUAUUGACAUCUUGCUAGCAUAUCUGUGGGCCUGUCACAGGUGUUUGAAAUGUCGGAGUCACAAAACUAGGCCUCUCAAGUUUAAAUUUUCUUUCUCUGAGAAUUACUAGUAGCAUAAUGAAAUAUGUUGGAUUACUGUCUCUUAAUUUAUGGGCUAUUUGGGCUAUUUGAGGUAAUGCUGUAGAGAAACGGAGCAUUCGAAUGCUAAUUUGGACAUCAGUUACCAUGGCAACAAUCAGAGCUUUGAAGCAAUCAAAUCAGCCACAUUAGAAAUAUAAUUUAAGCAUCCUAAAGUUAUUACAAGUAUACUUGUACUUUCUGUGCUGAAUUUAAAAUAUACGUUUAAAAGGUGCACUUCAAAAUCACCUGAAGUGGUAUUUCAGUGUACUUUACUGUAAAUGUAUUGUAAAUUGUAUGUCAGUGCGCUCUUAAAAGGUAUACCAAACUGCAAAUAGUGUCAGUGGUAAUUUAGUGUACUUUUGGAAAGUGCACUUAUUUUUCCUUUGUGAUACACUAUUAGUGUACUUUAUUAAAGUGUACUUUAAUUUCACCUUAUAAGGAGUACAUUUAAAUAUACUUACAAACAGUUCACGUUAAAGUUAAUUUUAAAGUGUAUUUCAGUGUUCUUUGAAAAAGUAUAUUAAAUUGCAGAUACUUACAGUGGUAAUUUAGUUUACUUUUGAAAUUAAUUUUGCUAAUAGUGUAUUGUAUAUACAUACAUGAAAAGUACUUUAUUCUAAGUUUUAAGUUGUAGUUUACUUCACUUCAAAUAUGUACACAGUAAAUCUCAAACACACAGCAGUGUUUUAGUAUGUAUAAGUGCACUUUAGUUACAUGCUAGGAUAUCAUGUUAGUACACCAAUAGAAUCAGCGUUUCAGUCCUUUGAAACCUGAGCAAAUUGGCUUGAUUGCUUUUAAAAACAUGGAAAGAAGGCAAUGAGCAAUGAAAGAAGAAAUGAUCCAAAA